UUCUCAUUUGCAAGGUUCCCUGCAGGGCUGGCUCACCUCUCUCUUCCAAGAGUCCCUACUUCCUUCUGUCCCCUCCCUCCCCAGCAUCCUCUUCACUUCCUUCCCUUGCAGCCCUGGCUCCUUCAAGUGUUUCUACGCAUCACUGAGUGUGGUCUCUGUGGUUAGAAGAUCCCACCUUUGGAGUGGUGGUCCGACUGCUGCCAGAGAAGAGUUGUCUCCACUGUUUGCUCAGCAAACACCCGAAGGGAGCCCGGAAAAAAAGGAAGACAGCACCCGAUGCAAUCGCGGAUGUGGGUAAGACCUUGCAGCUGCUUGGGGUGCACAGUCCUCGGCAAUGAAUCCCGAGGAACGCAUCGUGACAUGGCUCAUCUCUUUGGGAGUUUUAAAUUCCCCCAAGAAGACCAUCUGUGAUCCGGAGGAAUUCUUGAAGGUGUCUCUGAAAAAUGGGGUAGUGCUAUGCAAACUGCUAAAUCGUCUUCUUCCUGGAGCUGUGGAAAAGUACCAUCAGGAGCCCCAAACGGAAGCUGACUGCAUCAGUAACAUUAAGGACUUCCUCAAAGGAUGUGCAGGCCUUCAGGUGGAGGUCUUUGAGCCUUGUGACCUUUACACAGGCAGCAAUUUCUCCAGAGUGCUGAGUACCCUUUUAGCUGUCAACAAAGCCACUGAGGAUCGCCAGAUUUCAGAAGGACCAUGCCAACCUUUUUCUUCCAUUAGUGCUGUUUCCAGUUCCCAGAUAAACCCCCCAGGAGCGGUUUCUAACUCAGCACCAGUGCUAAGAAGGCAUUCAAAGGCAGCGGAGAUGACUGAAAAUGGGAACCACCAGUUGGUAGUAAAGGCACGGUUCAACUUUAAGCAGACCAAUGAAGAUGAGCUCUCAGUCUGCAAGGGCGACAUCAUUUAUGUCACUCGAGUGGAAGAAGGUGGCUGGUGGGAAGGCACUCUCAAUGGGAAAACCGGCUGGUUCCCUAGUAAUUAUGUCAGAGAAAUUAAGCCUAAUGAGAAACCUGGCUCCCCAAAGACUGUAAAAGGACUGGACACUCUUCAGCUUACCAAGAAUUACUACAGUGUGGUUUUGCAAAACAUCCUGGAAACUGAACAGGACUAUGCUAAGGAGCUCCAAUCACUUCUUGGGACUUACUUACGACCACUCCAGGCCAAUGACAGGCUGAGCACUGUGGAAUUUGCAUCUUUAUUGGGCAACUUUGAGGAAGUGUGCACAUUUCAGCAGACCCUGUGCCAGGCCUUGGAGGAGUGUGCAAAACUUCCAGAGAGUCAGCAGAAAGUCGGAGGCUGCCUGAUGUCCCUAAUGCCUCAGUUUAAAUCUCUGUAUCUCACUUAUUGUGCUAAUCAUCCCUCAGCUGUGAAUGUUAUAACUCAGCACAGUGACAGUCUGGAAAAGUUUAUGGAGAGUCAGGGGGCCGCCAAUCCAGGAAUUCUCCUAUUGACGACGAACCUCAGCAAGCCCUUCAUGCGACUGGAAAAAUACGUGUCUCUCCUCCAAGAGCUGGAGCGCCACAUGGAGGAGUCUCAUCUAGACCACCAGGAUGUUCUGAAAGCUAUUGGAUCGUUCAAGGCACUGGCGGCCCAGUGUCAGGACCUGAGAAAGAAGAAGCAGCUGGAGUUGCAAAUUCUCUCCGAAACCAUUCAGGGCUGGGAAGGAGAUGAUAUAAAAACUUUGGGCAGUGUCAUCUUUAUGUCUCAAGUAAUGGUGCAGUGUGGUGCCAGCGAGGAGAAAGAAGAAAGAUAUUUCUUGUUAUUUCCAAGUGUUUUACUCAUGGUAUCAGCAAGUCCUCGGAUGAGUGGAUUUAUCUAUCAGGGAAAACUCCCAGUUGCUGGAAUGAUGCUAACAAGACUAGAUGAAAGUGAAGGCAAUGACUGUUCGUUUGAAAUAGCAGGCCCCCUGUUCGAGAGGAUGACGGUGUUCUGUCCCAGCAGCCAGGAUCUCCAAGAGUGGCUGGAUCACCUGCACAGACUGAACAGGGGCACUGGUGCGGGCAGCGUGCUUGUGAAAACCCAGUCGUGGAGUGCGCCAUCUGUAAGCACUGGGCUUAGUUCUGCCCCUGGGGAGUCUGAUGAGGUCCAGUCUUCUAGCGCUGCCGGACAACCUCGAGGAGCCCUGGAGCCUCCCCCAAUUCAAAAGCCUUGGAGUUUAAGUUGUCUCAGACCCGCACCUCCUCUUAGACCUUCGGCAGCUCUAGGUUACAAAGAGAGGAUGUCUUAUAUCUUAAAGGAUUCCAGCAAGAGCCCUAAAACAAUGAAGAAAUUUCUCCAUAAAAGAAAAACGGAGAGAAAAGCAUCGGAGGAAGAAUAUGUCAUUAGGAAAAGUACAGCAGCCCUGGAGGAAGAUGCCCAGAUCCUGAGAGUGAUUGAGGCCUACUGCACCAGUGCCAAUGCAGGCCUUCAGCAAAGCCAUGGCUCAGGUACCCGCAAGGACUCCGUCCCACAGGUCUUACUCCCAGAGGAAGAGAAAAUUAUCGUGGAGGAGACAAGAAGCAAUGGGCAGACAGUUAUAGAGGAAAAAAGCCUUGUUGACACUGUUUAUGCACUGAAGGAUGAAGUCAAGGAAUUAAAACAGGAGAAUAAAAAAAUGAAGCAAUGCCUAGAAGAAGAAUUGAAGUCCAGGAAAGACUUGGAAAAGUUGGUCAGGAGGCUGUUGAAGCAAACAGAUGAGUGCAUGAGGGCAGACCCAGGAGGCAAGGCCUCCCUCCUGGCUUGAGGCUACCCCCCCCCCCCCAUGCUGCCGGCACUCACUCAGGUGCGACUUGGGAUCAUCGAGGAAGGAAAAUCAGACCCCUUGACUUACUCUGCUCCUCGCCUUGUCUGCUUUCUGUGUAUUUGGCUGUUUUCUCUUAUAGGAAAAAAAAAAGGAAUUUGUAGUGGAAAUAGCCUUCCAUUCAAUAAGGAAAUGAAAUCAGUAGGAAUUAUUGCAAUAAGAAGGGUCAGCAAAUGGCCCUAGGUUCAUAGUUCAUCCCAUCUCCUCUUUGGAUGGAUGGGUCACUAGUGCUUUGGACAAAGCUACUCUCAGAGAAGCUGCCAAGUGGUGCCCAGUGAGGGAGGCUGGCACACCCACUGCUUUCUCCCAAUAGCUUUCCUUGAUCUUGAAGCCCCUCAGUUAUUCAUUCAAGAGGCAUCGAUAAACCCCCACUGCGCACCAAGGUCCAUACUCAGUGCUGGAGACGCAACAGCAAAAACAAAACGACUCCUGCCCUCCACAAACUUAUGCUCUACUCAGUGAGGAGUCAACGCCACCAGUCAAUGCAAAAUAUAUAUGAAACCACUAUGGAGUCACGGGGGGGGGGGGUCCUAAUAACUGAGGGGGGUGGGUGAGGAAUCAAAAAAAGCCUCAUGUAAGAAGUGGUACCUAAUUUAUCGAAUGGUAAAGUCCUAUGGCCCAUGCGCCCUGUCUAACCUCCCCUCCUCCCCCGUCAUGUACACAUAGUUAUUUUCCUUGGAUUUUCUAACAAGAUAGUGCGGGAGACUCAGUAGUCCUUUUGUUGCUUUUAUGUUAGUCUAAUUGACAUGCUUGAUUUAACCCAGUGGAGCAGGAGCUUUCAUCAUUGCCACAAACACCAAGCCGUAAUGCCGGCAGGCUAUUUCUAGCAUGUGAUGAUGACAUCGUGGCAACUUCUCUGGCUAGAGCAUCGUAGACAUAGACGUUUUGCAUUUCCCCAGUGCUUUGACUUCACCAUACCCAGCAGUACGUCAUUCUGGUUGGAACAUGCUUUUGCUCACUCCCCUUCCUGUAGUCAGACCGUGAGCUCUUCUGGUGUCCUGGUUUGGGAUUCCAGCCUCCCCUCACUGGUGCGUCUCAAAGUCUCCACCAAGAAAAGAGGCUAGCUUCUAACAGGAGAUGUCCAUUCUCCUUGGUCCAUUUAUAGGCUGUGGCGAGAGGUGGAGCCCUCUCCCUGAUCGCCUCAAGAGGAGGCCUUUCAAUAUCAUUUGCAGGAAUCUGCUCUCUCCAGGAAGGUCACUGUUUGCCCAACCACAAAUGGGGCCUACUUGGAGCUGGCUGGGCUGCUGAUCUGGCUUCCCUCUUUUCCUCAAUAACUUUGUUGGAAUCCCAGCAAUCUGGACACAGCUGGAGCUCGUGGCCAUGGAAUAGUCAGCAGAUUCCAGGUAUCAUUCAGCACAAUUUAGGAAAGGAUGUGUUGGUAGAUAAUUAGAAAGUCCCAAAGGCAGGUGAAGUUUGACCAGCGUGGGACAGAUCCCUUUUGAUGGAUGGAAAAAAAAAGGGGCAUUAGAUUGAAAAACAAAACAAAAAUAAACAAAAAAAAAAAGUUCUCCAGAUGUAUUUGCUAUGAAUACUGAUGAGUGUCAGUUUAUGCAAAUGCUGUUUUAAAAAACACCCGAAUUCCAACUUGAAACGCUUUGCUCCCCAAACUGGCCACCCUCUCCCCCACCCCGGUACUUGGUGGUCUCUAGUCCCUGCUGCUACACAGUAUGGUACGUGACUUUUUGCUUGCUGCCCCCCCCAGGGGAAGUACUACUCUCAGGAAGUGGGCCAGGCAAAGGAAUGCUGGGAGUAAGCCACCCACCCCUGUUACCUAGCUAAACUCAUCUGGGGCAGCCUCUGCCUCACCUUUUGUUCCCUUCUGGGGCUGAAGGGCCAGGAGAGACUUUCUGAGAGAGGGACCUUUACCUUCUAAAGGGAGCUCAGCUUUCUCAUUUUUCAGAUAAGGAAACUGAGGCCUAGCAAAUUGAAGCGAUCUCUCUGGGCCUCAUUUUUGUCCUCUAUAAAUUGAGGGGAUUGGACUAGUUUUUGAGGUCUCACUCCAGACCAGCACUUUUAAAACUAAAAGUGCUGAAGGGGUCGAGAGUGGAAAAAAUUUAAGAAGGUCUGCUCUAGACCUCCGAUGAGCUAUGAUCUUCAGAUAUCAAGGAGCAUGACUGUUUUGAGGGCUCAGACAUCCCAAAUCAAAGCCGGGCCUCUUGAAUUGUCCCCUCCGAAGUUACCAAACACAUGUGAAGAAGAUCGAUAGGAAACUCUUAGUGACAUAAGGAACUCAAAUGGAUUAUAGUCACGGUAGGAAAGCAGACUGUACUGAAAACCAAUUUUCCAAUGCUGAGCUCCAUAGACAGCUGCUUAAGAGGCCUCCGAGCCCCUGAUGGGAGAAGCAUGGUACCUCGGCUAACGGAACCCAUACCAAGCAUGGCUGUUGCUGUUAUGAGCCAAAUAACAAGAGCGAGGAAAUGAAGCCAUGUGAAAUCGACAGCACUGGUUCCAUAUUUGCGUUGUUUACAAUGCUUUUAUAAAUUCUCUGGUCCCGUCAUCCUCUUGAUUGCUGCCUCACUGUGAUGAGGCCACUCCAUUCAUCUUCUCCCAGGGUAGGCUAAUUUCCUGUCAUUUCUCAUAUGCAAACCCAGUUUUUCUAAACUUUUUAUUUUGAACACUUUUUAAAUUGAUGUUUUCAAUCAAUAAAGAAGGAUGACAAUGCCUUAUAAAUGGAA